AUUUACAUUUAUUGUGAUAAGUAUUAUAACAUUAAUUGAUUAAUAAUCUUGUAAUUAUGGUUUUUAAAUUUUAUACUAUUUUUAUCUGUCGGUCCGAGUGUUAACUUAUUGAAAUCUUAUACUAAGUGGAUCAGCUUUAAUUAAAAAAAAUAAAAAUGCAUAAGGUAUACGAGAAUUUCAUAUAAUUCCAAGAAUAAUAUGAGUACUUUACAUAAAAAUUGUCUCGCACAACCUGGGCGAAAAAAAGUUCAAAUAUCAUUUGUAAUUCGUGAUGAAGUAGAACGUAGACAUCGGGCUGGUGUUAACUCAUUACAGUUAGAUUCCAAACAAGGAAUAUUAUAUUCUGCUGGACGUGAUGGCAUUAUACGACAGUGGGAUGUUCGAGAUAAUAUUGAAGCAACAUAUUUGCGUUCAUUAGAACAUCAUACUGAUUGGGUUAAUGAUAUUGUAUUAUGUUGUGGUGGAAAUUAUUUAAUUUCUGCUAGUUCUGAUACUACUGUAAAAUUAUGGGGAUUACGGAAAGAAAAUACUUGCCUAUCAACAUUACGAACUCAUAAAGAUUAUGUUAGAGCUCUGGCAUACGCUCGUGAUAAAGAAGUGGUUGCUUCUGCUGGAUUAGACAAAACAAUAUUCAUGUGGGAUGUUAAUAUGUUAACUACUUUAACUACCACUAAUAAUACUGUAACAACGGCUUCCUUACCAGGUAGCAAAAAUUCUAUUUAUAGCUUAGCAUUGAACAAUAGUGGAACAGUUUUAAUCAGUGGAAGUACAGAAAAAGUUUUAAGGGUAUGGGAUACAAGAACAAGUGAUUGUAUGAUGAAACUAAUUGGACAUACAGAUAAUGUUAAAGCUUUAGUUGUGAAUCGAGAUGGUACACAGUGUUUGUCUGGCAGCUCAGAUGGUACUAUUAAGUUAUGGUCACUAGGACAGCAACAAUGCAUACAAACAUUACGAAUACAUAAAGAAGGAGUUUGGGCUUUAACUGCAACAGACAACUUUUCUCAUGUUGUGUCUGGCGGUCGUGAUAAAAAAAUUUAUAUGACUGAUUUAAAAAAUCCUAAUAAAGUUCAACUUGUAUGUAAUGAAUCAGCUCCAGUUGUCAAAAUGGUUACAACUCCAGAUAUGAGUGCUAUUUGGGUUGCAACAUCCGAGUCCUCGAUUAAUUGUUGGAAAUUACGAAAAAGUGAUGAAUCAGCUGAUUUUGAAGAUCUAUCAACUACACCAUAUAAUCAGGAACCAUAUCGGACUCUUAAAGGAGCUGCUGCUAUUAGAAAAUAUCAUGUACUUAAUGAUAAACGAACUAUACUUACUCAAGAUACUGAAAAAAAUGUUGCCGUUUAUGAUGUUCUUAAGGCUUCCAAACUUCAAGAUUUAGGUCAAGUUGAUUUUGAUGAAGAAAUAAAAAAACGACAUCGUAUAAUAUUUAUACCAAAUUGGUUUAGUGUUGAUUUAAAAACAGGAAUGUUAACAAUUCACUUGGGUCAAGAUGAAAACGAUUGUUUUGCAGCUUGGGUUUCUGCUAAGGAAGCUGGAAUAAAUGUUACAGACGAUAACUUAAGAGUGAAUUAUGGUAAUCGGAUGUUGCGUUCACUGUUAGAGAAUUGGCUUAAUCGCAUUCAAACAGAUCAUGGGUCUACUGAAACCGUCCAAUCCACUGAACUCAAUGCUCAGACAAAACUCGAUUCUCAGUGUUGCAAAAUUCCACGACAUACACCACUUAUGAUUAGUGAAGUUGGUGGUCGGUGUCUAUAUAGAAUGUUGGUCAGCCAGGCAGGAGAUGAAAAUGAUGUUUCAAUUUUAAAUGAAAUUAUUCCUGCUUGGGUGAUGAAUGUUAUUGUUGAAAAAAGUAUACCUAAAGCACUUAAGAUAUCAUUUUAUCUUGUACCAUUAUCAAAUACUUGCAUUCGACCUGUGAAAAAUGGCACUCUUCGUCCAAGUCGAGAUCGCUUAGUGGCUAAUGAUUUUAUUCAAGUGCAAAAGAUUGCCGAAUAUAUCCAUGAAAAAUUAUCUGAAAACGAUGGAAGUGGUCCAUAUAAUAAGACUUCAGACUGUAUUAGCAAUCACUUACAAGGAAAUACACCAGAGAAAAAUUUUGAACUAAGUUGCAAUGAUCAAGUGCUUUCUCCUACAAUGGACUUAAGAACUGUGAAACAUUUCAUUUGGAAAUCAUCAGCUGAUUUAACAAUAUACUUCAAAGCCAAACAUUAAGUUAAAAAUUAAGUUUUUAUU